CAUAUGUUGGACAUUUGGCGCAUCACACCUUGGUAUUAUAUAAGAACUAAGAAUAAGGAGAUAGCAGAAAAAAAAUCGUUCUCUCAGGAGAGAUAACCUGUAAAUGAUGCAAGUUAAACAAAAUGCAUGUGAUGCAGAUGAAAGGUAUACAAAAUACAUGUGAUACAGUUUAAAAUGAACAACAAUAGUACGGAUGGUAAUAAAUCGGAAUAUUUCAGUGACGAUGACAAACCUGCAUUUUAUGAUUUUGUACAUGGGCUUUAUAUAUACGUUAUACCUAUGAUAGUGGUAAUUGGGAUGAUCUGUAAUGUUUUAUCGUUUAAAGUGUUUGUGUUUACCAGUUUUAGCCGCCAUCCAUCCAGUAUUUUCCUGGCAUUACUGAGUGUUUCGGAUACUUUCUUUCUCCUCGCACUGAUAUUUACAUGGAUGGGAACCUUAAAGAAAGCAAGAAUUGACACUGGUGGAUUAUGUUUAGUUACAAUAUACAUAACGUAUGUCACAAGUUUCCUCUCUGUUUGGUGUGUUGUUCUGAUCAUGCUUGACAGAUUUAUCAUAAUAUGUUUUCCGUUACGACGACCACGGGUAUGCUCAAACAAAAUGGCAAAAUGCACUGGCAUUGCCAUAACAGUAUUUUCGAUCUUGAUUUAUAGCCAUUGUUUCUUGACCAUCGAGGUUGUACCUGUUAUUGGCUGUAGAGUAAAAAGGGAGUAUUUCAGGUUUUUAGCAAUGGUUACUUAUAUAGAUACUGCCAUCACGUUCAUCAUUCCUUUUAUAGCCAUUUUUGUUUUAAAUAUAUAUGUAAUUGUGAUAAUACGGAAAUUUAACUUCAAACACGCAAAACCACGGGUCGUCAAAUAUUAUGCUCCGACAUAUAAUGUUUUAUCUGUUGCACAAAUGAGAUUGACAGUCAUGUUGACAAUUGUAUCAAUUGUAUUUUUGGUUCUCAAUUUACCGAGCCAUGCUAUUAGAUUCUAUAUAAUUGUUAAUGAUUUAAUCGCAAACAACGAUAUGACAUUAUUUUUAGCUCAACAGUUCUGUCAGAUUUUGUAUUAUGUAAACUUCUCCAUUAACUUUACAAUUUACUUUGUGUCCAGUAAUACAUUCCGCAGAUGCAUAAAAGAAAGAGUAAGGUGUAUGCGAUAUCAAUAAAUAAACAUCUUUCUUUUUUUUCUUGAUAUAUUAACGAUACAGUACAGUCGAGGCCAAUAUUGCAUAUGCUUCCAGCAAAGAUGUUUAAGAUUCUAUGUUUAGCCAGUGGAAAAAAAAUCAAAAACUCAUAUCAUUAAAGUACAUAAGUACAAAUCCGAACGAAAUUUUACAAAAAGGUAAUUCUUGGAUUUCUUUUAACGAAAUUAUCGUCACUGAUGAGUAUUUUGUAGACAAAGCGCGCGUUUGGCGUAAUUAUAAUUUUUUUAAUCCUGGUAUCUAUAAUGAGUUCACA